AUGGUAACUUAUAGCAGAAGAAAUUCCCCUCCUUUACAAGCACCCACUAUUGAAGAAUUAUCAACUAAAACUCCAAGAAUUUCCACACAAUCUCAUGUAACUACACCAAUUAUCUCCGAAAAACAAAAGACACUUACUCCUCGUACAACAGUGUGCAAAGGGACAUCGGUCUCUACGGGCCGACCUUGUAAGCGCAUGGUACUUGAUGAUUUUUGUCAUCAACAUAAGGUUCAAAGUACUGGAAAAAAUAUAUUUGGGUUAUUAACUGCUUCAAAAAAGAACGAUUUACCUAAAAAUGAAAUUAAUUCGGAAGUUGAUAUUAUAGACCUUUCAAAUGAUUUAACAAAAGAUACCCGAGAAAAGCUAGGUGAAAUAGAAGAUAAAAUGAACUCCUUAUCGUUAAAUAGUUCAAAGAAAGGUCAAUUGACUCAGGAUGAUUCGAAAAUUAAGAAUAGUGAAACGGGUUCAACCGUGAUCACAAUAAACCUCAAUAAAUUAAAAGUUCAAAUAACCGAAGAGAUAUCUAAAAAAUCCACACAAGUAUCGAUAUCUUCUGAAUCAAAUUUCGAAAAUCGUGAGCAAACACCACCGUCUAUCCGUUCAGAUUUAGAUAGAGCAGAAUUCACCCAGAAAAGAAUCCUUUCCUCAACUAAAUGGGUGCAGACUGACACGGAUGUUAAUAAGUUACCACCUCAAGAUCGCUUUCCUAUAGAAAGCCCUGCAUGUGUUGAUGAUAGCUUCCUUGAAACAACAAAUAAAGAAUUGUUUCAAACGCCGACCUUAAUAACACCGUCUAAUGAGCUCGUUUUGGCGCCUUUGUUAUCCAUUUCACCAAGCCAAUCUAAAAGCCCGUUAGAUUAUUUGUUUGGAAUGCUCAAUCCCGAACAAAAAAUAGCAUCAAAAUCACCUUGUCAAUCUCCUAGUACGCCAGAUAGAAAACCACCUUUAACACCAACACCAACAAAAACGCGAAUUCUUUCGUCGUGUAUAAAUACAUCAUAUGAAUCACGUGUGUCAAUAAAAAAUACAACACCCGGUUCUAUCACGCCUACACGUUCUCGUGAUCAAACUGAUUUAACCGGUGAUUAUUCUAGCACGUCUUCUCCAUCCAACCUGUGUCAGGGACGUAUUAAAAAUGGCAAAAUUUGCAAUCGUAAAAUCAAACCUUUAGAAGAAUUUUGUCACAAACACAAAAGAGAUGAACCUGAAGAAGAGUUAGAAAAAGCCGUUUUUGUUCCUGGGAGGGCAAGGUUAACGUGGCUUCGUUUUGGAGACUGGAUUAAGCAUGAUCUCUCGGCGGACACUAGACGUUUAUUAAGAUUAGAAAUGGAGAAACCAAUUGCUGAUAGAGACGAACCCGGUUUCAUAUACGCAUAUAAAUUACUCGAAGGUCCUAAUUCUGAGAAAAAUUCUCAGUACACACUUUAUAAAGUUGGUCGUGCCACAAAUGUUCACAGACGUCUUUACCAGUGGGCUAAACAAUGUGGUUACACGCCCGAGUUAAUUGAAAACUUCCCUAAUGUCGAGAUACUCUCAUCCUUUUCUUCCCAAGAAUUUUUGAUCGAUAGAGAAGGAGAGAAUUCCGUGAAUUUUGACAAUCAGUUAGAAUUCAAUUCUGUAGCUAAAUGUAAAUACACUCAUCGUGCUGAAAGAUUAAUUCAUAUUGAACUUGGGGCAAGAUUUAAAGCGGACAUAGAAAAGUGUGAAAAAUGUGGAAAUUUACAUCGAGAAUGGUUCAAGGUUAAGGCCCAGAAUUUAGGUAGUAAUAAUGCGAUGCAUGGAUGGGAAGACGUAAGAAAGGUCAUUGUUCAUUGGGUUACAUAUGUUGAAAAAAUAUACGGCGUUGGUUGA